CACAGGCUACUAGGCAUGCAGAAAUGGAAGCAGUGGACGUGCUUUUAGAGCAGUGGCAGAAAAAUGGAUUAUCAAUGUCUGAGGUUGCUGAAAAGUUCUCAAACUGCACCCUUUAUGUUACCUGUGAACCAUGCAUAAUGUGUGCUUCUGCUUUGUCCAUUUUAGGUAUAAAGGAAGUGUUUUAUGGGUGCUCAAAUGAUAAAUUUGGAGGUUGUGGAUCAAUAUUGUCAUUGCAUCAAAGUAGCACUGACUCACCCAACAAUGAAGUUCCACUGGGAAAAGGGUUUAAAUGUACUGGAGGUAUAAUGGCAUCAGAAGCGGUGCUUCUCCUGCGAACAUUCUAUGAACAGGGAAAUCCAAAUGCUCCGAAGCCCCAUAGGCCUGUAGCAGUAGCUUCUUACAAGAAUGAACUUGAACUUGUACAUCAAUAGUUGCUGAUAUGGUUGAAGCUGUCUUUCAAUGUCCAGCACAAGAAGAAUGCUUAAGGCUGACCAAUUAGA